AUGAUCCAAGGCAUCUUUUACGCAAGGUUCUUCCCCCAAGAAGGCCCCAAAAUCGUCGCCCAAUCUCCUCCCGGAUGCAUCACCCCCUCCGAGACAGCCCUCACCACACGCCAGCCCCUCAUCGACUUCGACGUCCUCCACGAAUACAUCAUCCCCCGCCAGGCCUUUUGCAACCGCUACGUAACCAUCAACUCUCCCGACGGCAAGUACACCGUGCUCGGCUACCCCGUCGUCAUCGCCCACACCAAGUAUCUCCGCAACGAGUUCAUCUUCAACUUUGGCAUCCUCAUCGAGGCCGAUGUCGACCAGGCUCCCUACGAGGGCGUGGUGAGGUACCUCGCCGCCACCUUUUCCGAGAUGGAGAAGCAGAAUGAGUAUCUCAGCCAGGGCGAGGGCGACGGGCUCAGGAACCACGAGGCAAGGCGGCCCAUCGAGAGCUUGCUGGAGAUUGUUAAGGAGGACCUGAACAACUACGGCGAGUGCAUGAUUCCCGUGGACGAAGCCAACACCAUCAACAUGAAGCUCUUCCCUCACCACCGCACGCCCACCGCCGUCGAGGGGUGGCACGUCCCCGUCGCCAAGGUCAAGUUUGCGGAAAUCGUCGACCCGACAUGGGACCUGACGCUGCAAAAAGUCGUCGCCAAAAUCGACGGCGUCUCAGACGUGCGCCGCAUCGCCCACGCCGCCUCUGUCUCGCUGGACCUCGCCAAGUCUGCCCUCCGCCAUCUCCUCUACUACGACACCAUUCUCCUCAUUGACAUCUUCUUCUUCAGCUCCUGCUACGCCCCGCGGCCCGGGGUCCACGACUUCAUCUGCAACGUGGACGGCAUUGUGGACGAGUGCGCCGGCUACGUCUCCCACGGGCGCGGGAGGGUCAGCAACUACCACCUCGUCAAACUCAUGUCCUCCUUUGCGCCGAGCAAGAGCGUCAAGGAGUGGAUCGUGGCUAGUCAGGAAGCUGGCUUCGACGUACUGAACUACGUUGAUGUCCGGCGGUUCGUGCAGUUUGGCAUUAUAAAGGGGUGCUUGUACCGCGUGCACAAGUACGUCCUUUCGAAGCAGCAUCUCGCCGCGCUGGCGUCGGGCGAGAGCCGGCCUGUGCCGGGGGGAGAUUCGCUGCAGAAAUAUACCGAUGGCAGCCAUCAUUUUGACCAGAUUAUCACUGAGCAGAAUUUGACGAAUGACGAGAUUAUGGAUAAGUUAAAGGUAUUGCCUGUUCCAAAGGGCGAUCUUACGGUGCUGUACAGAUGA